AUGGCAACGAUCAUUUUUUGUUGGAACGCCUUUAAUGCGUUGGCGGAUAUUGUCCUGCUUCUUGCCUUAUUACCUGAUUUCCUAAGUUCUUUUCGUCAAGGCUUCUACUCAAGUUUAUGUCUAAAUGCUGACCUUUACAAGAACCCAAGGUCGGGAAAGGCAAUAUUCACAUUUCACAUCAGCAAGAUGUGGGAAUUAUUGGACACCGUACUUUUGAUAUUGGAUGGUCGUAAAACGAAUCAUCUUCACGUGGCUCAUCACAUCGUUGUUUCCAUUUCGAUGAUCUGCGCUUAUCAGCGUAUCGGUGCUGUGGCUCGUUGGAUUGCUACCACCAAUCUUGCUGCUCAUUCCGCACUUUACUCUUACCUGGCAGCUCAAAGUUGUAUUUGGAAACGUCGUACAUGCAGCGCACGUGUAAUCAACGGAAUCCAGAUGGCACAGUUUCCCAUUUGCUUGUUUGGUCUUAUCAAAAUACGCCAAUUUAUAAAUGCCAGAAAGAAGUGGAUUGGAUUGUCCUACUCCCAACCAACAAUGUUUUCUCCAGCACUGUGA